AUGGCUGAAUGUCUUGAUCGUCUUUUGGCAAAAUUUCGUAAUAGUUGUCGUGUUAAUCGUCUUUUUGGUAUGUACUUAGAAAGUAAAGGAAACUUCGAAGAUGCUCAAAAUGUGUACACAAAACUCAUAAAAGAUGAUCCAACCAAUACAUUGGCCCGUAAACGAAUGAUUACAAUUUUAAUAGCCCAACAGAAAAUACCCGAAGCCAUUAAUGAAUUAAGAGAAUACUUAAAAAUUUUUAUGAGCGAUUUUGAAGCAUGGAAUGAAUUAGCUGACCUUUAUCUAUCAGAAUGUGACUAUAAACACGCUGCGUUUUGUAUGGAAGAAAUGAUUUUGUCUAAUCCUUCUAAUCAUCUCUAUUAUCAACGUUAUGCUGAGAUUAAAUACACUGAAGGUGGAACAGAAAAUUUAGAAUUAGCCAGAGCUUAUUAUAGUCAAGCUUGCCUAUUGUGCCCUAAUAACCUUCGUAGUUUAUACGGACUUCUACUUACAUGCUCCGCUUUAGAUAAUCAUCUAUCAAAAUCAAUUAAGAUGCUACCGUUAACAACAGAGAAUAAACUACACAAUGGACCAUCUGUUGGAAACACUUAUUCAAGUCUUAUUGAUGAUAAUCUUGGCAUCAAUGUCAAUCAUCAUAAUAAUCAGAGUAGUCGAUUAAAUAUAAAUCAAGUAUCACCUAAACAACAACAAGUUAAUAGUUUAAAUACUGUAUCACCAGUUCAGGCAUCAUCACUGUCCAGUACAGAUAAAAAUCGACAGUUAGCUAAAUGGGCAGCUGAACAAAUCCGUUUAAUCUAUAUGUCUGCCAAUACAACUCGUGGUGGUUUAUCAUCGUCUUCCGCAACUUCUAUCAAAUCUAUUAAAUGUUUCAAGCAACAGUCUACCAAAAAGCAUACUGGACAUAUUAGUAAUCACAAAGAUAAUCAUACUACUAGUAGUAGUUGUAGUAGUAGUAGUAGUAGUAGUAAUACUAACAAUCCAAACAAUGUUACAAGUUUUGAGGAUACUGUCACUGUUGAUAAUACUAUUAAUCGUAUUGAUAUGCGUGUACAUAAUGAUCAUAGUGAUGAUGUUGAAGAUGAUAGUUGUCAUCGAAUUGUUUGUGAUAAAAAGACCAAAUAAACAUAUCGACAAAUAGUUAUUCAUCAUUUAAUAUGACAACGAUCUCUUUAUCUCUUACUAUUAUUGUAAUACAUGAAUUACUAUUGAAUGAAGAAUUUAAUUGAAAGCGAAUCUUUCGACAAUUCCCCUGUUUGUGUCAGUUCCUUUGAAAUAGAAAGACAUUGAAAACAAUUGUGACCUUUGUGUAUAACCUUUGUUCCUCAUGUAUUUGUAUUGAUUUAAUGUUUUUCUUUUCUACCCUCCCUUUGCCUCUAUUUGCUUAUCCCUCUCUCUAUUUACAUCACUCGUUGUAAUAUUUAAGAAAAAAAGAAUACAUACAAACAUUCCAUCUAGUAGGCUUGAAAUUGAGUAAAUAGGUGGGUCCACUUCUUAAUCGAAUUGUUUUUUAAACAUUUGACCUUCACCAUUUUGUCAUCGAUUUAUGCUUCUUUUCUUUCUUUUUUUUUCCUUACUGUAGUAAUUCUUAGACUGUACUUAAUAUUUCUACUUUGUAAAGUUUGAUCGACUUUAAAAAGAAUACAAAAUGAAUUGUUUCUCAA